GUUGCUGCAACUCCCUGCGACAUCUCACAACACCCAGCCUGCCUCUCCCCCUGAAUUCCUUCCACCUCCCGACCAGGCCAAUCAACCUCCAUUCCUCCGCACAUCGCACAGCAGCCAUGGCCUCCGCCGUCGCCUCUGUCGCCGCUGCCUCCUCCACUGCCAUCUCCUGCCAGGCCGCCGCCUCUAGAAGGAAUGUGUCCGCGAGGAGCGGAUUCACGGGAGCCUCUCUCCGCGUGUCUCCCGCAGCUAGAGCUUUCCGCGCGGUGAAGUUCGCCGUCCGCGCGUCGUCGACUGAGGAGCUCGGCGGAACGCAGAAGCAGAUUCUGGAGGCCUUUUCGGGGGUGAAGGCCAAGUGGGAUACCGUGGAGAACAAGCCCACCGUGCUGCUCUAUACGGGCGGCGCCGUGCUGGCGUUGUGGAUCACCAGCGCCGUCAUGGGAGCCAUCGACUCGCUGCCUCUGGUCCCGGAUUUCCUGAAGCUGGUCGGCACCAUCUACGGUGGCUGGUUCGUCUACCGCUACCUGCUGUUCGAGGCGAGCCGCAAGGAGUUGGCGACUCUGAUCAACGACCUCAAGAACCAAAUUGCUGAUUCGAAAUAGACGAUUAUCGAGACUUUCAAGAUGUAAAAUACCUCCAUUUAUUCUGGUUCAUGUGGAUUCAAAUACUAACGCCAAUAACCGUUGGCUCCCCUUCAAUCCGAUUAUGCCAAGCAGCACACCUGCGGAUGACGGUGAUGGUUUUCACAAGAAUAUUCCCAGACCCCACUUUC